AUUCAAUGCAGCGCAGCGAAGUCGCAUGUCCCACCCACUCCCUCCGCAUCCCCCGCAUCCCCCGCAUCUCAAUUUGCUGAGGACAAAAGCGAGCAAGGAAACGCUCUCGGUCCAUCGUUACUUCGCGCUGCGCCACGUGGCAGAGCUCAGGACCGGAUCGCGGUGGUCAUGGAGGUGUCUUUGAAACGACGCGUAGCUUUAGCGAUUCCGCUUACUGCUUCGGCGGAUGAAAACGCACAUAAGCCCAAGCGAGGCAGUGACUUUCACCAACAGCUAGCUUUCAGUCUCCUUAGUUCCCUUAUUACAAGCCGUAUGCCCUGAGUGCUGGGCCAACACUGAGGGUUGCCAAUUACUCUUCUCGAGAAGCUCUGCUGGUUUUGUUUGCACGACGUAUCUCUUGCAGCUCAUGGGAAGUUUGGUGAGCAAGUACUUCGCGCCGUAGUAGCGUUUUUCGAGAAUCCUCAAGUUGCAUUUACCGACGUAUUUCUUGCACAGCUCACAGGAAGUUCGCAGAGUUAGUAGUUCUCGCGUUUACGACGACUCGUCGUCGCGAGUUACAGUCCCCCUGCUUCCAAUCGUCGUAACGCCAUGAUGGCGAUGCUCGGGUUCGUAAGCGGCUCUCGCGUCCUCGUCACGCUGACCCUCCUCGCCGUUUGUCUUGUGGGUAACGGGGCCACUUGUAACGGGUGGUACGUCCCGGCUCCAGGAACCUCCUUCUACUGGGAAAUUUCCGAUGCGAAUCCCGAUACAUCCAAUAAAGCCAAAAUCUUCGACGUCGACGGAUUCAGCGUAUCGGCGAACACUAUAUCGAGGCUGAAAUCGAUGGGGAAGAAGGUCUUUUGUUACUUCAGCUUUGGGACUGCCGAGGAUUACCGCAGCGAUUAUAAGGACUUCCCGAGGUCCACGCUUGGUGGAAUGGUCUGCAUGAACGAGGACUGCUCGGAGGCAUGGCAAGGCGAGCGGUGGCUGGAUGUGAAGAGCUCUGCUGUGCGCCAAAUACUGGAGAAGCGGAUCCAGUUGGCCAAGCGCAAGGGGUGUGACGGCAUAGAGCCUGACAACGUGGAUGCAUACAACGGCAACAUCAUGGUCAAGCCCAUCAGCCAAUUCACCAUCACUGCCAAGGACCAGUUCAACUUCAACUCGUGGAUUGCGAAUACAGUGCACAAGUACGGCAUGUCAGUGGGUCUCAAGAACCCCGGCACCCUCGCUCCCUCCUACAUGGCCAACCUGUUCGACUGGGCUCUCGUUGAGGAGUGCAACCAGUACACGGACUGGAGCGGUGGAGAGUGGUACAGCGGCAAGUACGGCUGCGACUAUGCGAAUGAGUUUAUUGUCCGCAACAAGGCGGUGUUUGUCGCCGAGUACGCGGAGAGCUGGGGCACUUCAGCAGGGGUCAAGAACGGCAUCCAAUUCCCACAGGCUAUGUGUGCUGACAACAAUGCUCAUGGCUUCACCACUCGACUUUACAACCUUGACCUGGGGACAGGGCCGACCUAUUCGUUUGCCAACUGCCUGCAGCACAAGCCUGCAGGGUGCAAUGUGUGGAAGGAGUGUGUCAAGCCAGGGGUGUACAACCAGUACAAGCAGCAGGGCAUGGCCAGAUGGGAUGCUGUAGGACAAUGUGCGAGGGCUAGGAGAGCUGCUUGUAGGUACACUUAGUAUUCUGUACAGUACACUAAUUGUUGAUAGUGCACUACAGUGAUUAGUUAAGAGGUUUGAGAAGCUCUUUUGAAGGUAGUGCCCAGGUUGGACCUUCUGCCCCUAGAACAAAUUCGGUGGGGCUUCAACUCUUGAUCGGAGACCUGGGGAGACUGACAAGGCAGUUGCAGGAAGAAGUAAUUUAUG